CUAGUCGGUUUAAAAAUUUGGCAUUUGUAAUUAAAUACUUGUGGAAAUUGUUUAUUUUCUUAUUGACUUUAUAUUUAAUAUAAUAAUAUUAUUUGAAAUGGAACAUUCACAUUCAUUCGUAAUAGAUAUUCCAGUUCCAAGAGUUUGUGCAAAAGAGUCAAAUAUUAGAAUUAAAGAUUCGCAGCUUCAACACCGACUUCGAAGGGUAAUAUCGAGAAAAUCCCGAAAAUAUUCAGAGGAAUUCAAACAUGCUUUACCACUGAAACAAACAAUCUCAAAAAAAAUAAAAGGAGACGCAGUUCUUUUACUUUAUAGAUUGUAUAUAAAAGGACAAGAUAAAAUUAAACAUAAACGGGACUUGAGUGUGACAAUACAACAAAAGUAUAAAAUGACAGUUAAUGAAUUUAGGAGAAGACUACAAGUGAAAAAUCCACCCGAUGAAGUAAAAGCGGUGACUGAUAUCGAUGAAGGCUAUUUUAACUACGUAAAUGGUCGACCUCUGGUAGAUCGCGCUCCUCUAUUUAAAACUUUAAAAAGUGUAGUAACUCAUCAGAUGCGAACGAUGCUAGAAGUUGGUUUCCGGAAUGAUCAGAUCUUAAAUUUUCAAGCAAACUUUAGAAAUGAAAUGAAGAUCUAUAACCAAACCUUAAAAGCAUUAGAUAAACAAACAAAAAAUUUAGAAAGUUUUAUAUCAGAAGAUUACCGGAACUCUAUAGCACUGUUAAAAAUAUGUGAAGGUUUUGAACAAAAAUUAAAUAGGAAGUUAGUAGAACUGCAACUUUUAGCCGAUCAGCAAGUUACAAUCGUGUCAAACCUGAUCGGUUUAGAUUACAUGUAUUAUCUUCAACAAAGUUAUGGAAGAUUUCUUUAUUAUUUGUCUCCUCCAAGUUGGCGAGCAAGUAAUAGGAAGUUUGCGCAUUCCAUGGAAAUCGAAAUUAAAGGUUUUGACCUCGGCGGGGGUGAUGAAGAAGCUUUUAAUGUAAUAUUUGACAAAAUGCGGAAUGAGUGUUUAGCAGACCUUGUGAGUCCAGCUUUGUAUUUCACUAAGCCAGAAGAGCUACUGAAGUUAUUUGAAGGAAUUGAAAAACAAUUACACAAUUUAUUACAAUACGUGACACAUCUAGCCCCACAUUUGAAACAAGCUAAAGAAAACUUCAAAGUGCUGAAGGACGCAAUUACUUAUGAUACUGCUUACAUUUUAAAUUCCAUUAAAUCUUUAGAAGCUGUUGUUAAUUAUAAUGAAGAGAGAUGUAAGCAAUUGGAGAUUAAGUUUUACAAAAUAGUCAACGGGUGCUUCUACGAGAGUGUCGGUGCUCCAGAAGUGAUAGAAUUAUUCUUGGACUUAGAAUGUUGCUACCAAAAAUUAUAUUUGGACGAACCUAUGAACUUAGAUAUAAUUACUUUAGCAAAAAACGUAGAAGCAUUUUAUAUGCAUUAUUGUAAAAGCCUUGAUGAACUACUUAGUGAUAAAACCGUCAUCGGUAACGCGGUGAAACAAUGCGAAGAGUUAGAACGUAAAAAGUUUAAUCAAGCUAAACAUGCCAACAGAGAGCUGCUUGUUUUCGCUCUUCUGAAAAAAAGUUUGAUACGUGCAUUCGCGCCGCCUGCUCCACGGCCAGGUUAUAAAAAAGACAAUAAAAGUAAAGAACCAAAUUUAAAAUUGAAUAAACCCAAAACAUCCAAGAAGCUCAUGAAAAGGCAUUCGAAACAAGAUGCCAGUAAAAUGAAAGAUAUUUUAAGUACUUCUGAAUUGGAGUAUUUACAAUUGUUUACAGACUGGACCUGUGACGAAGAUCCUUCUAAAUAUUUGCAAAUAUUAGCAGAUUCUACUGAUGAAAUAAAACACGAUUAAAUA